AUGAGGUUCUCUUCUCCCUCCCUCGCUCUCGUCGUCGCCCUCCCCGCCCUCGUCGCCGCGCACCAUGAGCACAUCGUCGGUAGGCACCCUGGCCAUCCCAUUGAGGCCCGCCAAGCCACUACGCCAAGUCCGUCGUCAUCAGGUUCGGUUGUGGGGACAGGCACGACUGCCGCGCCGACUCCUUCGACCACCAUCUCCGUCUCUUUAGCGUCUACGAACCCGACCGCUGUGCCUUUGACCGCGAUCGUGUCGAAUCAACCGAGCUCUGCGACGAAGCCGUUGGACUCGACAGCAGUGCCAGGGAGCACCCCCACCUUCAUUUCCGGCGCACCGCCGCUGCCUAAUCCCGCGACGUUAGCCCCUGCAUCCUACCCCACUCUCGAUCGUCUUCCGCCCAUCGAUUCGCCAGAGGUCCAGGAAUGGAUCCAAGAGGUGAAGAACACUGGUAUUGUCAUCCCCGACCUUGAACCAACUGUUGCUGGAGGAUGUCCCGCCAAUGCAGCGUUCGCAGCUGACCAGUCGCGUUGCUGGUGGACUUGCGGAGGAUGUGUCCGCGAUACUGAUAUUACGGACUGCCCGACUGCUAUGGACUGGGGUUUGACCUACGAUGACGGCCCGUCGUUCUACACGUCCAAUUUGCUCAGCUACUUGGACGAACAGAACCUCAAGUCGACCUUCUUCGUCGUCGGUUCUCGUGUCAUCUCGUUCCCAGCUAUCCUCCAAACGCAGUACAUGGGACAGCAUCAGAUUGCCGUGCAUACUUGGAGUCAUCCCUCUUUGACCACUUUAACUAACGAGGAGAUCAUUGCUGAGCUCGGAUGGUCGAGGAAGGUUAUCAAGGACGUUCUUGGUGUGACCCCGAACAUGAUGCGACCACCCUAUGGCGACAUCGACGACCGGGUUCGGGCCAUUUCCCUUGCCAUGGGCCUUAUUCCCGUGAUGUGGACGCGCAUCAGCCCUCUCGCUACCUUUGAUACCGAUGAUUUCAACAUCCAUGGCGGGUCUACGACUGUCGAACAAGUUCUUCUGAACUGGAAGAACAUCUUGGGCAAUGUUUCGACCUUGGACCAUGGAUUCAUCGUUCUGGAGCAUGAUCUCUUCGAGCAAACUGUCGAAGUAGCCACCGGCUACAUCCUUCCUGAUGCUCUUGCGCACAACCCGCCUUUCAAGAUCCAGCCCGUCGUUUCAUGCCUGAACAAGGGACUGUCAGAAGCGUACAUCGAGACCAACAAUAAUUCGACCAAUCCACCAGCUCUUGCUGCUGCUAUCUCUGCCGGAGUCGUGACCACGACCUCUGUUUCGCCCAGUUCCACUGGUUCGGGUGGAACUGGCAACGCUGGCACCGGCGGCGCUUUGGGACUCGCCUCUCCCUCUCUUGCAUUCAUGAUCUCUUUGGUCGGGCUCGUCGUUGGCGCGUACGCCGUAUGA